UUAUGUCUCAGUGAACUCAUUGCCGUUGUACGUUGUAGACGUUUUGCUCGGAAUUUCUUGUUUUCUCUCGCCUCAGAGAAUGCGGAAAGUCUUGUACCAAGGCUUAUCAUUAGUGCUUUUGGGAUGCUUGUUGGUAGUUGGAGGCAGACGAAUCUCCGAAAUCAAAUGCUCGGAAUAUCGCAAUAGAACUAUCCGAUAUACUUCAGUGAUUCCAUUAGUUCUUGACCCCAAUCCAAUAACUUUCCAAUCACUCAAGUGCACAAAAUCAGUCGAUUUAAUCGUUGGAGGUGAAGAUGCUAGAGAGAAAGAGUUCCCUCAUCAAGCUUUGCUUGGUUACAGAAAGAAUGAGACAAACACAAUCGAAUUCAGAUGUGGUGGAACGUUGAUCAGCGAAAGAUAUGUACUAACCGCUGCCCACUGUUCCAAGGGGGGAAAACCGGUGCUGGUGCGCUUUGCCGAGUUGAAUUUGCUAGAUGAAUAUGAUAACCAGGUUGACCUUGAAAUUGAAUCAUUCAAAAAUCACCACAAAUAUACUGCCAAAGAUAAAUAUUACGACAUAGCGUUGAUUAGACUAAAAGAGGAGGUAAUAUUUUCGGAUUACAUUCGGCCGGCGUGUCUAUGGACCGGAUUUGAUAUAAACGUUACGUCGUUCAUUGCAACUGGUUUUGGAUAUCUUGCGGAUAGCGCCGGCGUGAUCUCUGAUACUCUUCGAAAGGUUCAGCUCGAUUUACUUGAUCCCGAAGAGUGUAAUAAAGAGUAUCGUGGGAUAUUCAUUUUCAGAGAUGGUGUUGUAGAGAACCAACUGUGCGUUGGAAGCAUACGGGAGGGUAGGGAUACAUGCACUGGUGAUUCUGGAGGGCCACUGCAGCUAGUUACGGCUUCUGGAGAAUGUAUUUAUCACGUGGUAGCGGUCACUUCAUUCGGGGGAGAAUGUGGAGCAGGACGAUCGCCGUCGGUCUACACACGAGUCGCUAGUUUUAUCGAUUGGAUUGAGGAGCACGUUUGGGGAAAAACCACAAAUGUAUCGAAAUUAGUUCGUGGAAGAUGAAACCUCUUUAAUAAAAUUAAAAUAUUUCUAGAAUA